AUGAAGGUCAUUGUUCUAGGAUCAACUGGUUCCAUCGGGUUUCCUGUAUCCCAAGCUCUCGCGCGAGCAGGGCAUACAGUGUACGGCAUGACUCGCUCAGAAGCCAACGCUAAGAAAUUAGCGGCCGAAGAAAUUAUUCCGGUCAUCGGUGACCCGACAUCAACUUCGUGGCAUCACUUGAUCGCCAAACUCGACGUCGUUAUCGAAAGCAUCGGAGGGUUCGCAGAACUAGAGCAAGCGUCCAAUGCCAUAUUCAACGACGUCAGCGAGUCUGCGGCGAAGACUAGAUCCCCCGGCGCCCCCAAGCUCACAUAUAUCUACACGUCUGGUAUGUGGGUGAAAGGAGACAAUCGCACGGACAUCACGUCGGACACCACACCCCUCACUAAACCGGUCCCAUUGACCACAUGGCGCAUACCCCUCGAACAAGCCGUUUUAACCAGCACAUACCUCAAUGGCAUCGUGAUCCGGCCAGCAAUCGUGUAUGGACGGGGUGGAUCCGUCCUUUCGCCCCUGUUCAGGUCGGCAUCGGAGGGCAAGGUCGUGUGGUAUGGCACGCCGGGAGGAAGAUUUAGCCUCGUACACGCGGACGACUUGGCCGACCUCUUCGUACGAGCGUCAGAAAAGGCGCAGAUCGUCGGUGGUCGGGUAUUCGACGCUGCCAACGCUUUCACCGAAUCCGUGGACGACUUCCUCCGGCGCUUGGUGGAAUUGGCGGGCGUGAAGACGCCUUAUGUGUAUAUCAAACCGUCUAACCCACUCGAAGAGGCCAUUGCUUCUACGGUGUUGCUUCGACCGUACUUGGCCCGGGCAUUGCUGGGUUGGACGCCUAGAAAGCCAGGUUUGGUGGAUGGCCUGGAGAAUUAUUUUGCAACUUGGAAGGCCUUGCAGGAAAUUUGA